AUGGCAAGUCAACGCAAGCAUAAUUUUGACUCGGGUGUCGUGAACGUUGGCUAAGCCUUUAGUGUGUCUUUGCCUUUGCAUGUGCUCUCUCUCUCUCUCUCUCUCUGUGGCCGCGUGACUUUGCCCUCGCACUUCGCCUCCUUUGACCGUCCACCACCAUUCCUUCCCACAACACACACACACACACACACCCUCACCACCCCAACCACGCUCAACAACAGUCCUCCAAAAAAGGCGGCAAGCUCGCGUCGAUCAUCAACUACCGCGUCAAGGUGACCCUCAACGACACGCGCACGCUCAUCGGCCAACUGCUCGCCUUUGACAAGUACAUGAACCUCGUCCUCGCCGAAUGCGAAGAGUUCCGUCGGGUCAAAUCGUCGACUUGUAAAGCGGCCGCCGUACCGGGUGUGACGAUCGAGGAUGAGGACGACGGAGAGGACGAGAUGAAGAGGACCUUGGGCUUGGUCAUCCUCAGGGGCGAAACGAUCGUCACCCUCAGCGUGCAGGGACCACCGCCCGUUCAAGAGGAACAACGAUCCGGUCCCCGGGUAGGCUUUCGAUCGGGCGGGUUCAGCUGUAUGCGAUCUUACGGCGCUGACAAUGUGGGCUUCAUCACAGAUCGGUAUGGGACCCGGCGUCGGAGCACCCGCAGGUCGUGGCAUGGGUCUCGCUCCUCCCACACUCUCGGUCGGACAGGUCCGUCCCAGGUAG